AUGUCGAGUAACGGGUAUCUGAGCAAAGAGAGUAUACUUGCGCUAGGAGACAAAGACCCAGAAUAUGCAGAAUGGCAAAAGGCGAAUCCCGAAGACGAUGAGAUGGAUUGGUCGAACAUCGAAAUUGCUCGUGCCGCUGUAGACGAAUGGAGCCGUGAGCAAUGCAAUUUACUGCCUGACCAGGGCAUCCUCAUGAAUAUCCCCAUGCGCGAUGGCUAUCAGUCGUCCCUGCGUAUAUUCAGACCCACCUUUUCUGAAAGCUGUCCCAUCCCCAGCCCUCCAUCUCCGGUUAUUGUCCUCAUUCACGGUGGAGCAUUUUGCUGUGGCGACAAUUCUAAUUUUGCUGCCCAGGCCGUCGCCCUUCGUGCUUUGUAUAGCGCAACCGUCGUUCUGACAUCUUAUCGGCUGGUACCCGAGCAUCCCUUCCCCGUCGGUCAACAAGACAUUUGGGAUUCACUGGAAUGGCUUGCCAAAAACGCGGAAAGUGCGCUGGGAGCUGACAUGAACGCUGGGUUUAUAGUAGGAGGGGUGAGCUCUGGGGGUAACGCUGCGGCAACAAUUGGGCAGAUGUGGGUGGAUGAGUAUGCGAAUGAGGAUCACAGCCCACAGAACAGCAGCCGACCGAAACUCACGGGAAUCUGGCUGUCAGUGCCAUUCCUUUUUUCCUCUAGAGAUCACGUCCCCAAGGAAUACCAGGAGCUGUUCUGGAGCCGUGAACAGUUCAAAGGUGAUAGCACAAGCGGGGAGAUACCCGCAGCAGUCGUCAAGAUGCAACAGUGGGACACAAGAAGUCGGUGGUAUAGCCCAAUCAACUCACCUAACCCCGAGCCUCAUAAAAUUCUAGCAAAGCAUGGGCUGAGGGUGCACUUUCAAGCUGCUGGGCGGUGCUUUGCUCGCGAUGAUUCUCUUAUCUACGAGCGUAUACUGUCCCAGAAUGGAGUGGAGACCAAAUUAGACAUAUAUCCAGGACGCGUCCAACAGUGCCCCCAUGCUCAUUUCGCCGGGAUAGAGAUAAGUGAAUCCCGCCGGUGCAACUUGGAGAUGUUCAAGGGAUUUGCAUGGCUACUCAGGAAAAGCGCACCUUCGGAGGAGCAAAUCGUAUCAACAGUCCGCCGGGUUGCUCCUUCGAUCAUUAUUUGA